AUGACAGUGAAUAGAGGAGCGAGGACCUUCUUAUCUGUCUUCCUGCUGUGCUGCUGGCAAGACGUGCAGCCCUGGCCGAACCGAGAGCUUUCAGGUUCAAGUGAUAAGCAAUGGCCAAACUUAGAAACUCUGGAUGAUGAUAUAGCUACAGUGUUUGAUGAAAUUCUAGUCCGGGAGAUUCUGGAGCCAGGGAAAGCACCGUAUUUUGAAAAUCAAAGCCCAUCAACAACUUCACAACAAAAAACAACAAAGGAAAAAAAAGUCCACAUGAAAGAAUCCACAGCUUCUAAGAGACAUCAGAAGCAAUCAUCUUCUGGGACCACGCAUAGCCUUUCCUUUGACGACACGCAGAAGGAAACACUUUUUCAGCUAAGAAGCCUUGAAGCUCUGGAGAAAAUGAUUGACAAGAUUCGAAGAGCUAUUGAAACUACGCUUAAGAAAAAACGGAAGUUCCAGAAAAGUAGAACCAGACAACUCCUGGAGAAACUAAUCCAGCCCUAA